ACACAACUCAAUAAAUUGUAGUACAGUUGUCAUUUCACUCGCGUACGUCCAGCAAUAACCUGUUUUCAUCUGACGUUAGGGUGCCGGUGCCACUGCGUUUCUGAAAGAUGACAUUAAUAAAAUAAAUAUUCCAAAACAAACUAACGUAAUUAUGUAUUAGAUGUGCGGGAUGCAAAGAAAAUUGAAUGUGAUAUCAUACCUCCCUGCGAAACGUCUGUGUCAAAACCAUGAAAGCGUGCUGUUUGGAAAAGAGUGCAAUGCUAAUAAUGUUCUGGAGGGAACGAAAGGAGAUCAAUUGAAAAACGAUGAAACUUCGAACGCAGUAGUUGUUCCUGAAUGUAUUGAUGGCACUAGUUUAAACAUUCAUGACGGUAACAUUACAAAUGAGUGUGCUAGUGAAACAUCUGGUGAUUCCCGGUUAACAUAUUCUUUCUAUAAUGUGCCAUGUGAAGAAUUAGCCCAGAAACUUCUGGGGAAAGUUUUAGUUCGAUCAUUGGAAAAUGGUAUUGUUUUGAAAGGAAGGAUAGUGGAAACUGAGUGUUAUCUUGGUGGAAAUGACAAAGCAUCACAUUCCUUCAAUGGUAAAGUUACUCCAAGAAACAAACCGAUGUUCAUGAAACCAGGAACAACUUACGUAUACUUCACUUAUGGGAUGUAUUUCUGCUUCAAUAUCUCAAGCCUAGGUGAUGGAGCUGCAGUUUUAGUGAGAGCUGUUGAUCCAUUACAGGGUCAUGAUUUUAUGAAUACUCAGAGAAUAAACCAGAGAAUGCGCAGCAAAAGGAACUUGUUACAGGCUGAUUCUAAGAAAUGUAAUGUUCCUUCAAUCAAACCUCAUGAGCUUUGCAACGGUCCUGGAAAAUUGUGUAUAAGUUUGUGUAUUGAUGAAAAAUCAUGCAACAUGCAAGAUUUAAGUUCUUGGGGGGGAAUGUGGAUAGAAUCAGAUAGUGAAGGUGAACAAAUUUGUUCUGGAGAUUGGGUUACUUCUACAAGGAUUGGCAUAGACUCAGCUGGACCUGAGUGGGCUCUGAAGCCAUUACGGUUUUAUAUUUUUGGAAACAACUCUGUAAGUAAAAGAGACAGAAAAAGAGAACAAGAAAGAUUGAUGUUAUUGAAAUGAUAAUAUGAUGUGUUUUUUUUUGUGGUGGACUUUUAGGUAGCUUUGGUGUUCAAUCAUCAUUAAUAUAUGAAUAGAUUUCAUUAAAGACAAGGAUAAAGUUUAUAAUUAUUUGUAGAAUGGCAAGUUAAAAUUGAAAGAACAUGGGUGUAUCUGUGUACAAGUUAUUGAGUAUUGUUUUGAUUCAUAGAUGACAUGUUUUUUAAAAAAUACCACUUUUAUGUAUUUUAAUAGUGUCAGAUAUUAAAAGUUUUCCCCAUAAUUUUUGAGUAGUGUGUUCUUGAGAGUGACAUUAAAAAAAUUAAAUUGCUGAUGCUAAAAGACUGGAAUGUGAAUUCAACAAAGAAAAGCUUAUCACCUCAGGUGCAAAGAAAAUCUUUUUAAUUCAUCGGUGAAAAAAAACAACACAAGUAUUUAGGAGCAAGAAAAUAUGUUAAGCCAGAUCAAAAUGAAGGGCUCUCAACAGUGACAUGUGACUUCAACUUUCUUACAUACUCGUACUAUAUACAUAGUGUAGAGAAAGUUAUUAAAUAUUGCAGUCAAAAACGGCGAUUUUUCGGCAGAAAAAUUCUUAAUGUAGAUCCCUGAUAUCGAAACAGGUGGUAAUUGUUGCUUCUUUACAUAGUAAAGUACUUCCGUUAACACGUUUUGCAGUCAAAAUCAACUAUUUGUGGGUACUUGAUACCGAAUUAUUGGUUUAUGCCGUAACUUCGUCUGCCUGUCAACGUCGGCGGCUCGCAGUUAGGAAGGUUUUCUCUGAGUGAUAUUCCCCGAUCAAUCCGGUUUGAUUUUGAAAUGGAUA